UAACUUUAAUUUUUACAGCCAAAUUAAAAACCCUUUAAAUUGAACAAAGGGUGCACAAAUUCUGCAAAAUGACUGUUGGUGACCUAAAAAUAGUAUUAUGAGGUUUUACUAAAAGGACAGCGAAAAUUAGUCCUAAGGGGCCUAAACAAUUGCUAAUCUUUAAUUGAUACUUCUUUCUUUUGAUCAUUCCACCCCUGAUCAGUUCAGUUUGGGUCUUACCCACACUGACCCUCCUCUGCGCUCCGCUGAUUGGCUGUUUCUUCUCAAAGGCGGGACUUUCUCCUUGAACCGGCACCACGAUUGGUUUAGAGGCACACCGCGGUCAGUGCCCCGUAUCCUUAAUAAUAACGUUUUUUAAAUUUCAAUAUAAUACGGGAAAUUUACGGGAAAGUACUAAUACGGGAGGACGGCGGGAACGAGGAGUAAAAUACGGUAGUUUCCCGGCCAAAACGGGAGACUUGACAGGUAUGCAGUAACUGAAGAGCGCGUGUUCAUCUUAGAGUCGCCAAAAGUCUCCAAUAACACCACAAAAACUCGUUAGAUUUGUCGCUAGUCGCUUUUUUACAAAAAAAGUCGCUGGAGGGCCUGAAAAGUCGCUAAUUAUAGCGACAAAGUAGCUAAGUUGGCAUCACUGCUUGUCCUCACUUGACGUUACCCUGACGUUACAGGGAGGGGACGGGGAGAGCAGCCUGGCUGAGUGCUGAGUCCCUCCCACUCUGACUGGUGUGGACAGAUGUGGAGUGGUGGAUGUAGUGGAGGAAAGGUGGAGGAGUGGAGUGGAGGAUGUGGUUUACUGGUUUACUGUGAGGGACUGGGCUUUUCCUGAAGGGUUUGGACAGACUGUUCAGUUUUGUACCACAUGCUCCGCAGAAUAACGCCUGUUGAGCCAGAGUCAUGCCUGGACCAGCAGCUACCGGCUUACUGAGGAUGUGAUCGGCUCCACAGAGACGGUGUGAACGGGUGUCAUGGACUACCUCCUGAACGAAACCUGGAGAAACACCACUUCCAGCAUGCCCCCAGCUUCCCCUUCCUCUUCCUCCUUCAGUGGACUGGACCUUCUGAUGGAGCUGAAGCCGCUGUUUGUCCCUCUUUACGCCAUACUGGUGCUGGUGGCCUGCUCUGGGAACCUCUUCCUGCUGUUCCUCAUCAGCGUGAACAGGAAGAUGCACAGCACCACCAACUUCCUGAUUGGAAACCUGGCGCUGGCUGAUUUGGUGAUGUGCCUGUUUUGCGUUCCGCUGACGGUGUUUUACGCUUUCGAUGAGCGCGGCUGGGUUUUCGGACACUUCAUGUGUCGCUUUGUGACGCUGAUGCAGACCGCCACCGUCUUCGCCGCGGUCUUGUCGUUGACGGCGAUUGCGGUUGACCGAUACGUGGUGGUGGCGUAUCCCAUUCGCCGGCGCGGUGGACGCCAUUUCUGUGCCGGCCUGGUGCUGGGAAUAUGGCUGUGUGCCCUGGUCAUGUCCACCCCUGCCGCCCUCCACACGGUUUACCUGGACCUGAGUGCCACGGGUCACCACAUGGCCGUCUGUGAGGAGUUCUGGCAAGGCCAAGAGCUUGGUCGACUCAUCUACUCCUGCUUCUUCCUGCUCUUGUCUUAUUUUGUCCCUUUGGCGGCCGUGACGAUAUCCUACUGUGCCAUCUCCCACCACCUCCGCCGCAGGGCUGGGCCCGGUCUGAUGGCUGCCAUUCCCUCCAACCAGGAGAAAUGGGGUCGCAAACGCCGCAAGACCUUCCGGCUGCUGCUGGUGUCCGUGCUGUGCUUCGCCUUCUCCUGGCUGCCGCUGCAGGUCGUCAACCUCAUCCGCGACCUCGACACCGACUUCAUCAUCCUCAGCAAGAACCACAUUAACGUCAUCCAGGUUUCCUGCCAUCUGCUGGCCAUGAGCUCCGCCUGCUUCAACCCCUUCAUCUACGCCUCCCUGCAUGACAAGUUCCUGGCCUACCUGUGCCGCCACAUGUUCCAGAGAGGGAGGCACCAUCAAACCCAGAGCAGCUCCACCACCUCCAGCCGCCUUCCCCGCCAGCACACCAGCACCACCCUGGCUGACAUUCCCAUGGUCGUUGGAAAGCUGCUACAAGACGGAAUAUGACCGUAGAUCAUUUUCCGCGGAUCUACAAAGCUCUACUAACUAGCGCGGGGGUGCAUGAACAGUUUGAAAUGUUUAUUUCAUCAGGGUGAACUUAUCAGGGGAAUUAGAGACACCAAUUAGAGCCAUCGCAGGCUCCUCCAAAACAUCAUGCACACCAUGCAUUCCUAAAGGUGUGAUGUGUUUUCAGAAAAGGCAUCCUUGCACACAUGGAGGAUUGAUAUUUGAAAUCUUUGAAAAUAUGGAGUGAUUGGGAGUCCUGUGUUCAAUAUUGUAUUUGGAUAUUCAGAGGCAAUCAUGAAGGAUGAGGAUGGACCACCUCGUACACCUCGUAAGAUCAGUACAAGAACACGGCCUGCAUAUUUGACAGAUUUACUGUUGAUCAAUGACAAGCAAAACAAAAAUGACACAAAAAAAUCCUACCUAAAAUUGGUUCUUUGACCGGAGCAGAACCCUUUUUGUUGCUGGAUGUAAAUGUUAUGAGUUAUGAUGUAAAAGUUUGGAAGGAGGACCAUUGUUGUAGAGCUGCAACGAUUAAUCGAUAUAAUCUACAUAAUCAACAAUGUUGAUUAUUUAAACAUUUCUUGACUACAGAUUUUAUUGUUGAUUAAUUGUUAAUUUAAAACAGUACCACAUGUGCUGGGGACAGAAGUGCAAUGGGGGUAAAUGUCUUACUCACACAGUUUAAACUCAACACAAUCUGUGUCUCCAAAAGUGCCCAAACACAACAGAUUACAUAUUUACCUGCUAAAUAUCAGUACUUUCCAUGUUUAAACAAAAUCCUGAUAUUUAAAUGUCUUUUAAAUCUUAUGUUAAUCUGUUUUUAUGGAUUUAGAGAGGGAGGACUGGACAGAAAUAAUUGUUGAAUAAUUGACUAAUCAAAAAAAUUAUCAUCCAGAAUUUAUUAAUCAGGAAAUGGUCCAGACUUUAAUAGAUAUGGAUGAGUUUUCAGGAACUGUGUGUAUUGCUUUGCAAAUGCUUAUGUAGUCAGAAAAAGCCAAACAUUUUAGUAGGGUCUCCCUGAUUCCUGCAAAUUUGAGACAAAAUCCAGGAAAUCUUUGAGAGAGAGCCCUGAAGAGAAAUACACAUACAGGGUGUCCAUUAAACAUAAAAUAUAAAGUGCAUUUCAGCCAAAACUACACUACCUAUAAACGAUUCUAUGCCUGAGGGAUAUGGAUUAAUACUGACACAGUACUGCUCGAUGCACUGUUAGAAACAGUGAUGUCUGAUGUUCAGGUAAGUUUAAACAGGGUUCUCUUAUUCAUUAACAUUUCUUACAUUAGUUCAACUACAGGUGU